AUGUCUGAGGGCAGCCGGACGCAGCUAUUGGUCAAGGCUCGCUUCAACUUUGAGCAGACCAAUGAGGACGAGCUGUCCUUCAACAAGAGUGAUGUCAUCAACGUGACACGCCAAGAGGAGGGCGGCUGGUGGGAGGGGAGCCUCAACGGCAAGACCGGCUGGUUCCCUAGCAACUAUGUCCGUGAGAUUAAAGGCUGUGACAAACAAGUGUCUCCCAAAUCUGGGACCCUGAAGAGUCCUCCAAAAGGCUUUGACACUACAGCCAUCAGCAAGACCUACUACAACCUGGUGCUGCAGGACAUUCUAGAAACAGAGACAGAAUAUUCCAAGGACCUCCAGAGCCUUCUGACUAACUACCUGCGAUCUCUCCAGAGCACAGAGAAACUGAGCAGUACAGAUGUGUAUCUGAUCCUGGGGAACCUGGAGGAGAUCAGCACCUUCCAGCAGAUGCUCGUCCAAUCACUGGAGGAGUGCACCAAACUUCCAGAGAGCCAGCAGAAGGUAGGGUGCUUCUUCCUGAAUCUCAUGCCCCAGAUGAAGGCUCUCUAUGUGGGUUACUGCUCCAACCACCCCUCUGCAGUCAACGUGCUCACCCAGCACAGUGAGGAGCUGGGGGAAUUUAUGGAGGGGAAAGGAGCCAGUAGUCCAGGUAUCCUGACUCUGACCACAGGUCUCAGUAAACCCUUCAUGAGGCUGGACACAUACCCCACAUUAACGAAGGAACUGGAGAGACACAUGGAGGAGAGUCACCCCGACCGGUCAGACAUCCAGAAGUGUAUGACAACAUUCAACAGCCUCUCGGCCCUGUGCCAGGAGGUGAGGAAGAGGAAGGAGCUAGAGCUGCAGAUAGUGACUGAGUCCAUCAGACUGUGGGAGGGAGAGGACAUCAGAACACUGGGCUCUGUUCUCUACAUGAGUCAAGCUCUGGUUAACAGCCCAGGAGCAGAGGAGAAGUGGGAGCGUUACCUCAUGCUCUUCCCUCAUGUCCUCCUCAUGCUGUCUGCCACUCCAAGGAUGAGUGGCUUCAUAUUCCAGGGGAAGCUGCCACUGUCUGGUAUGACUGUGACCCCGCUAGAGGACAGUGAGACCCACAAAAACUCCUUUCAGCUUUCUGGCCGUCUAUUUGAGUGUCUUCAGGUGGUGUGUAACAGUCAGCAGGACCUGCAGGACUGGGUGGACCAUCUGACCCGUCAGACUAGACAAGCCACCGUCCCCAGCCACAAACCCCUCACGGUCCCCUGCCACACGUUGCCCUCCCACCCUUUGACUCCAUCCCGUCAUGCAGAGAGCCGUGCGAUAACUGUGGCCCCAGCCUACCACACCCUGCCCCACCCCUCAUCACACAGGGCUCCACACAGAACCAUGAUGUGGGGGCCUCUGGAGCCCCCCAACACCCCCAAACCCUGGAGCCUCAGCUGCCUGCGUCCUGUACCCCCCCUCAGGCCCUCUGCAGCACUCUGCUACAAGGAGGACCUCAGUAAGAGUCCUAAGAGUGUAAAGAAGCUCCUUCCUAAACGAAAGCCUGAGAGGAAACCGUCAGAAGAGGAGUCUGCCCCGAGGAAGAGUACAGCUGCUCUAGAGGAAGAUGCUCAGAUCCUGAAGGUGAUAGAAGCUUACUGUACCAGCGCCAAAACCAGACAGACCCUCAAUUCCACCUGGCAGGGUACUGACCUGAUGCACAACCACGUCCUGGGGAACAUGGAGCGGCCCAGCGUGGACUCUCCGGGCCACCGUAGCAGCGUGUCGCGACCUGACUUGACUGGCUCAGACCUGUCGGAGGACUCUGACUACGACUCUGUGUGGACGACCCACAGUUACAGGAUGGGCUCAGCGUCGUGGGUGACGCGGAGUGACACAGGGCUACAGGUCAUCAUCCCCGGAGAGGAGAUCAUCAUGCAGGAGACGAUGAGCAACAUACAUUCUGUGGUUGGAGAGAAGAGCCUGGAGGAUGUAGUGUAUGCCCUGAGGGACGAGGUACAGGAGCUCCAACAGGACAAUAAGAAGAUGAAGAGGUCACUGGAGGAGGAGCAGAGGGCACGGAAAGAGCUGGAUAAGGUUGUCCGGAGGGUGUUACAGAGUAUGAAUAACCACACCUGGGACGAGACUAACUUAUGA